UGAACCAUGUUCGGUAACGGAGGCUUAGCUCUCCCGGUGUGCUCCUUUCUCCUGCUACACAUCCCGGUUUUCCCGCUAACCAACAACUGGCCCGUUAAGGACAGAAGUGAAGGGAGGUUGGAGCAGCGUAAUAUCCAUCUACAACCACACAGCUUAAGAGGUCACAAUGUCAAACAGACAAGCAACAAGGAGGUGUUUCAGUGGUGGGGAGAGUGGUCCAGUUGGUCCUCUUGUUCCAGGAGUUGUGGAGGAGGAGUGAGGAGUCAGGAGAGACACUGUCUGAUACAGAGGCUGUCCACCACCCAGAACGUAAACAGUUCAUAUUGUGUUGGCUCUCCUAAACAGUACCAGCUCUGUCCAAACCAGCCCUGUCCCAGCCCCACGGUAAGCUUCAAACAGCACCAGUGUUCCCAAUUCAAUUCUAAAGCCUUUGGAAGAAGAUACUACCAGUGGAUCCCUCUUUACCCUGCUGAUUACAUCAGCAUCUCCAAUAAGCCAUGUGACCUGCAGUGCACAACCAUCAGUGGUGAGAGACAGCUGCUAGUCGCCCACGAUGGUACAUUCUGUCACGAUGCCAAGUACCAUGGAGUCUGUAUAGAGGGAAUAUGUCAGCCUGUAGGUUGUGAUGGGGAGCUGUACGGCAGUAAGACAGUAGACAGAUGUGGAGUAUGUGGAGGCAACGGGACGUCUUGCCAGCGCAUCUCUGGAUCAUACAGGAAGGCACUCACACAGUUAGGCUAUGUGUUCAUCACCAACAUCCCAGCUGGAGCUUCAGACAUUCAGAUUAUAGAAAGACAUAAGACUGAGAACAUCCUGGCCCUGUCAGAUGAAGCUGGUCAUUUCUUCUUCAACGGAAACACUGUUUUUGACAAUCCUCAAAACUUCCAUGUGGCAGGAACAGUGUUUAAAUACCGACGUCCAAGCAAUGUAUUCUCUGAUGGGCUGGAGUACGUCAUUGCCCAGGGACCAACACUUCAAGGCCUGAAUGUUAUGUACUACAACCUGAAUGGGAAGCUCCCCCACAUCACCUAUGAAUACACCAUCCCCGGCACAUCUUAUGACAUCACUGCUGCUGAAGACGUCACCACAGGCCCCUCCCAGUCCCAUCUUAACUUCACCUAUAACAAGGUAAAUGAGGAUGUCGGAGGGGAUCAACUUGUAGCAACCAAUGGGAGUGUGACAUCCGUCCAUCACUACAACACCCAGCUGGGGGAUGAUGACCAAUCAGAUGUCCAGCAACAGGAAGAAGAGGAGGAGGAAGUCCUUUGGGCGAUCAGAACAUCCAGCCCUCCUCCACCGGCGGCCAUGUUGGUCUACAGAACGGCUGAUGUUACCAGUCAUGUAUUCAGCCGUAAUGAUGUGGAGCGAGGACCUCCAGUACCUUCUGGCUACCGAAGUCCCUCCAACUCGAUUGACGAGCCAUCUACCAAUGAUGACAACACUCUAGUGCACCCUCUCCUUGGUAGUCAGAGUGUUCAUUCUGCAGCCCUGCCAGAAGAUGCCCCCUAUCUGCUACAGGAGGACUUGCAUUACAACCACACACACUCAAACACACACUCCCUCACACACACUGAUCCACAUUCACCAGCAGAAACACACGUGCAAACGUUGUCAGACACAGACACAGAAACACACUCAGACCCACAGUUGGAAAUGCUCACAUUUACUGACACACACUCUGUUACACAAACAGAAACAGAAACGGACACACACACAGGCACACACACUGCCAUCUUGGUACAGCUGCAACAGGUGUCUGCAGUCCAAGCAGCCAACACAGAGAGUAAUGACUUUGACGUGGGUCUGGAUCCAGAUAUUAGCCUGGCAGACAUGUAUCGCUGGAAGGUUUCUGCUUAUGCUCCCUGCAGCUCGACCUGUACAACAGGUAUCACCACUAGCUACGCCCUUUGUGUCCGGUACGACGGUACUGAAGUCGAUGACAGUUACUGUGACUCUCUGACCAGACCUGAGCCCACACAUGAGUUCUGCACUGGGAAGGAAUGUCCUCCAAGAUGGGAGACCAGUGGUUGGAGUGAGUGCUCUAGAACCUGUGCUGAGGGUGUUCAAUAUCGCACUGUGCGCUGCUGGAAGAUGCUGUCGCCCGGUCUCGACUCUUCCGUCUAUGAUUCACUUUGCCUGUCACAUGACCUUCACAAGCCAGCCAAUAGAAAGGUCUGCCUUGGCCAGAGCUGCGGACCCCAGUGGGAGGUGUCUGAGUGGUCCGAGUGCUCGGCGCGUUGUGGCUCUCGGGGUGUCCGCACUCGGGAGGUCCGUUGUUCCAUGGAAAUGAGACUAUGUAACAAGUCUUCUCAGCCAAUAGAAAGUCAGGAAUGUGAAGGCCCGCCCUGUGACAGAAGAUGGACAGUUUCUGACUGGGGACCUUGCUCCGGUGUGUGUGGAGAGGGAAGGAUGGUUCGUGCAGUGACGUGUCGAUCAUCAGGUGGGUUAGUGAUGUCAGAAGAGCAAUGUGACCAAUCACUGCGCCCGCUGGCCAUCUAUCCCUGUGGUGACAGAGAUUGCGCCCCCCACUGGGUUGAACAGGAAUGGCAGCAGUGUAAUGCUACAUGCGGGCGUGGCGUGCGUCAGCGUCAGGUGGUGUGUGUUGGGCUGGAAGGCGGUGUGUUCAAACAGUUUCCAGACAGCAGUUGUGACCACACCAACAGACCAGAGACCAGCUCCUCCUGCUUCCAGAGACCCUGCUCCAAAUGGUUCACCACAUCCUGGUCUCAGUGCAGUAAGACCUGUGGGAGUGGCAUCCAGGUUCGUGAAGUGAAGUGUUACCAGGGGGAGGAGCUGGUAACCAGGGGCCACAGCUGCAACUCUGCCCUCAGGCCAGAAGCCAGACAGAGCUGUGAAAUCCAGAGCUGUCCGACGGAAGCACCAGCAGCAGCCCCAGCAGCAUCAAUAGUAGUAGAAGACUCCUGCCAAGACAAACCAACAGCCAACUGUGCCCUGGUCCUAAAGGUGAAACUGUGUUCCCACUGGUACUACAGAAAGGCCUGCUGCCAGUCCUGUAAGGCACCAAGACCAUAAAGUCACUACUGUAACCUCUCACCUCAACCACUGGUACCAAAGGUCACAUUACAUUCGUAUUGGUGCUACACAAAAGCCUGCUGCUAGCAAUGUAAGGCCUUACUACAUUAAUUUUAACCUUGUAACUCUUCCUCCUAUCACUGAGGUCAAAGGUCAACCUGUGGUCACUGGCUUUAUCUCCUACCUGUCAAUGUUAUACCUUUAAUCUUCCCUCGCACAGAGAAUUGCUUCUGGGAGUAAAUCUGUUUUUGUAUGUCGUUGUAGUACUAUAGCUACUAAAGAUUACCAACCAAAAAGAACAGUUCCAGGGGUGAAAACCCCCCCACCCAUCGUCCAUUACCGCAUGUAAAGUGAUGCCACCUGUAGUAAAUGUGUGUAAGUGGGUUUGUAUGAGGUACUCUUCCAUAGUCAGUGUAUUUCCUACAGUAGAUGGCAGUUGGCACACUCCCAGUUUGGAGAACCAGACAGGAGAACCAGCAUUGGAGCAAAGCAGUGUUCUGCUGUGUACAGGGGCAGCAGCAAUUUAUAUAUUUUAGCCACCUAGAAAACCAACCAGUCAUGCUGCAGUUUACAUGAUUGUCUGUCCAAAAUGUCAUCAUUUUAUCCUAUUUUUAUCCUAUAUGUGUGUGAAAUUGUCAUAAUUAGCAUAUGCAUUCUUGAGUUAUGGCCAAAAAUGUGUUUGGUGAGGUCACAGUGACCAUUGACUACCAAAUUCUAAUCAGUUUAUCCUUUAGUAUAGGACGUUUAUUCCAAAUUUGAAGCAAUUCCUUCCACGACCGGAAAGACAACCCAAAAACAUAACUUAAAUAAAUCCAAACUAUCCAUAUAAUGUUCCACCAAAACGAGAUCAUCAAAAAGCACAUGAAAGCCCGUGGCAGCUUUGUUGUUACUGUGGCAACAGACAAGGACAGACUGGACCAGGUCUGAGGAGCUCAGCUGCAUUUUUGUCCCUGGUCCUGCUACACAUAAACAGCCCUGUAUUCAUACUGCUGAUAUGAAACCAAGCUCUUUUUACGACUACUUAAACAUUUGUAUUUACACAAUAUACAGACACAACACCUACUGCCCUACACUGACUCACGUACCAGAGUUACUCCCAACCUCACUGUUGCUCCCUUUUCAACACAGUACCAACAAGCUUACUGCUUCUUCAUUGUGAUCACCUGAUCCACGUCAUGGCUCCAUUUUGCCUCCAACUCCUCACAGAGCUUCCUUUAGGAGCCACACAAAUCCUCAAACAACUUAUCACAUAUGAAGCUGUACUACGCAACACCUGGAAACACUAUAAUUUGGGAAAAAGACAAAAAAUUGCAAAGAUUUUGUUGCAAAAAAAAAAGUAAAUGCAAGUGCUGUGAAAGAUGCACCUGCAGGUACAGUAACGUCUGAGCACCUGGUUCUACUGCUGUAGACAUCUCAGAUGAGACAGCUCAACAAGGGAUUCAAUGAAAGUUCAUCACUGGAGAUGCUGUACUCAGAAUAGAAGAAUAGAACAAACAGCGCACAAACCACAAACAGCUGAGAAGCACGAGUGUGUCUCCGGUGAAAACUGUUGAGGCCAAACUCUCAUCCAUCAGAUUCACUGCAUACAUUUCACUGUCAGACUGUUGUUGUUUGUUACUGUAGUCACAGCUGCUGUUGUUGUUGUUCUUGCUUACUGUAUCUCACAUAAAA